AUGGAGGCGAAAAGUCCAUUUCAAUGUCCAAGCACAGUCACCGUCCGGCGAAACCCUCACCGAAGAGCGAGGCCUACACCUUCCGCUUCCACUAUCCCUAAUCCCAAAAUUCAAAAUUCAAAUAUUAUGAAAGAAAUUUCUUCAUUCCCAAUUCAAGACAUUCUUGCAAUUGAAAUCCCUCAAAACGACCCACCCUCACUACCACCACUACAACCACCACCACCAGAACGAAAACCAUCGGCACCUGCUCCCUCGGAAAACCUUAAAAAAAACGCUUGGCCUCAAAACCCUUUAUCCAAAAACAUUAUCGCAAGCGAGAAGAAUCUAAAGAAAAAUUGUAGUAGUAGUAGUAAUGAGGUUUAUAUAGAUGUCAAUGAUUCUCAUUCGGUUACUCUAUCCCCACCUGCAUCCUUACAAGAGUCUAAAAGAAUCAAAUCCGAGGUUUAUGAAGGGUUUUCGCAUGUUUUUGCCUCCGAUUCCACUCAGAAUGAGGUGUUUGAGAAGAUGGUGAAACCAUUAGUGGAUGAUUUGCUUAAUGGAAAAAACGGAUUGUUAGCUGCAUUAGGUCCAAGUGGUUCAGGCAAGACUCAUACAGUUUUUGGGACUCCUAGGGAACCUGGGAUGGUUCCACUAGCACUUCAACAGAUUUUUAAGCAGGACCAGCCGAGUGGGUCUAAGUUAGCAAGGGCAUUCAAAAUAUCUGUUUUCGAAAUAUAUUCAGAUCGAGGUAAGGCGGAGAGAAUCUCUGACUUAUCCCCAGAUGGAGGUGAUUUGUCUAUGCAACAGGCUACCAUUAAAGGCCUCCAAGAGGUUGCCAUUUCUAGUGCUGCACAAGCAGAGUCCUUGAUAGCUUGUGCAAUGUUGAAACGCACAACAGCCAUGACCAACUCAAAUAGCCAAUCAAGCCGAUCACAGUGUAUCAUUAACAUCCACAGUUUUGUUGGGGAUCCAGAUGUUGAACCAAACAACGCUGUCCUUACCAUUGUUGAUCUUGCUGGAGCAGAGCGAGAAAAGAGAACUGGCAAUCAGGAAACUGUGGCAAUGAUAUGGUUCUCUGAUGGUGGGUCAAGAUUGAUUGAAAGUAAUUUCAUCAAUAAUACAUCGAUGGUUUUUGGCCUGUGUCUUAGGUCACUAUUGGAGCACCAGAGUAAUCCCAAGAAACCAUUGCAGAAGCACUUCAAGAACUCUUUGUUGACUCGGUAUCUACGUGAGUAUCUAGAAGGCAAAAGAAGGAUGGCUUUGAUGUUAACAGUAAAGCCUGGAGAAGAUGACUAUUCUGAUACAUCCUACUUAUUAAGACAAGCCUCUCCCUUUAUGAAAAUCAAGUUCACUAGUGUUGAGGAACCAGCUAUGGUUCAUAAAAAGAGGCACAUUGAAAUGUUGCCUAGAGUUGAACAAGGGAAAAAAAUGAAAUGCAGUGGACGUUAUGCAACCGUGACUGAGGAAGGAAAAAGUGUCAGAGACGAACACCCACUUUUGCCCGAAGCUGGCAAAAAAAUCUACACAUCGGAAUCUGUUUCUGCUGCUCCAGUUAAGCCUGACUCUGUUGAUUUGCCAAGGGAGAGAAACCAUCAAGUCAUGCAAAAUUUUGCUAAAGCUUUAUGGAAUGUCUUGAAGCAAUAUAAAGAAAAACUCAUGGUGGCAGAAAGGGAAAUCCAGAGUCUCAACGAGGUUAUUGGAAAUGAAAAGACAAGAUAUCUUGAGCUAGAAAAGGAGCUCGAAGAUUUUAAAUCAUGCUGUUCUUGUUCUGAGGAAAACUCAUCGGUGUUCGCCUUAGUUAACAUAGAUACCAAGUUUGAAGCCCCAACGCGAAAUACGAGGGAUCCCAGGUGUCAAAAUGACUCUGGACAAGGAAACGAUCAAGAUGUAUUUGCUGAGGCAUUUGAAUGCAAUACAACUCCUCAAAAAUGCAACUCAACCCCAGUACAGAAUCAAAAUGUAAUUUUUGAGAUAGAGGAGAAUGUUCAUUUUUUGAACCUUAAGGCACCUGAAGGCGAUUGUUCUCCAAGAAAGGAUCUGGAUAAAACUACUCAAAAAUGCCACUCCACCCCAAGACAGGAUCAAAAUGUAAUUUCUGAGGUGGAGGAGAAUGUUCAUUUUCUGAACCUUAAGGCAUCUGAAUGUGAUGGUUCUCCACCAAAGGAUUGGGAUUCAACUACUCAAAAGUGCCACUCCACCCCGAGACAGGAUCAAAAUGUAAUUUCUGAGAUGGAGGAGAAUGUUCAUUUUCUGAACCUUAAGGCAUCUGAAUGUGAUGGUUCUCCACCAAAGGAUCAGGAUGCAACUAGUCAAAAGUGCCACUCUACCCCGAGACAGGAUCAAAAUGUAAUUUCUGAGAUAGAGGAGAAUGUUCAUUUUUUGAACCUUAAGGCACCUGAAGGCGAUUGUUCUCCAAGAAAGGAUCAAAAUGUAAUUUCUGAGAUGGAGGAGAAUGUUCAUUUUCUGAACCUUAAGGCAUCUGAAUGUGAUGGUUCUUUACGAACGGAUUGGGAUGCAACUCCUCAAAAAUGCCACUCCACUCCGAGACAGGAUCAAAAUGUAAUUUCUGAGAAAUCAUUGGAUCCAUCAAUAUCACCCAAAGAUGUUGCAUUCACUCUACAGUGCAACCUUAAUGCGCCAGACAGUGAAUUACAGACUGAUAGUUGUUGCAAACCAUUAACUGUUUUGAAACCAAAAAGGAGACUGCUGCCUGCCUCUUCUAUAUUGCUUAGGGAUAUCACUUUGGGCAUUGAGGAUGAACCUGAGAAACCAAAAGGAAAUAGAGGUGCGAAGAAAUCGGCAGCAGAUGAAACAAAAAGAACUCAGGGCAGCAUCUCUCUCUUACGUUUGCUUCAAAGCAAUCUUCAUGUCUAG